AUGGAAAUUUUCUUUGGACGUAGCUUUAAUUUCGGUAAUCCGACAGAAAAUUUGCAUUAUGAUUUUCGAAUUUUUCUGAGGAUGAUUUCACCAUCAGAGAAUCGGUCAUACAUUCAGGAUAUGAUAGAAGUUCUACUUCGAUGUGCUGGAAGAUGGAAUAAUGUGCAGAAAAUUUUCUUACUUCCAUUCCCAACAAUGAUCCUUGCUAAAAAUAAUUCCACAGGAAGCAGUUGCAAUGAUGAUGUCAUUAGUGGGGUAGAUAAGCAAGUUGAAAAGGGACACAAAACCAUAAAGCAGCGGCAAAGGACAGGCACUAUUCCAUUCCUCGCCGAUGCAGAUCAGUUUUAA